AUGACUGCACUACAAAGCCCAGACACCAAAGCAACUUGUUCCGCAAGCAAGCGGCGAUCCUCUCAGACUCUAGACCACUCUGUUAAGCAACAAAAGCUUGCACACCCGUCCUCACCACCUCCAAUCUUCUGGGACAGACUAUCGGAGAUUCCACUUACUCGAAACGCAUUACGUGAAUCGGACAGGAGAAGAGCUCUUCAAACGCCUUGCGAUCCAGCCACCGACCAAGACCCUGCGCAAAGAGUUGCUAGAAACGGCACCAGUUGUGUGCUCCCGCUAGAUAUACCCCAACAGAUCAAGCAUUUCGCGAAGCGCGGCGGUCCCGAUCUAUCAAAGUUGAGAGGGUACCCCAUACCUCUUAGAUCCCAAGAGACUAUGAACUUCAACCAGUUAAUUUUUGAUUCUCACCAGAGAGAAUCAAAAUCACAGAUUGCGAAAGCCUCGCAAGAACCAGAAGAGACUCCAGCAACAGGCACGUCGAAAACUGGACCAUACGACCGUGCAUUCCUACAGCAUCUUGUUGACCACCACAUUUUCCCGGAAGGCUACAAGUACCCAGACGGCCGCUCGCCCGCGACACCUAGCAACAUGGAUGCAAUUCGAGAGUUUCUAGGACGACCAAGAACACCCCAAUCUAAACCUGAAUUUUUAACCACCGAUUUUGCCGAAUUCAGCGAGAUUAGUAUACGCGCCACAAAAGGGAGCGACAUUCUCACAUGGGCUAUCCCAAUGAUUGAACGGAGAAUCGCAGACAGAAAUUGUAGAGCUGGAGGCAUUCCGUUCACAAACUUUGACCACUUGACUGAUAGGACGCUUGUCCCGGGUCAUCCCGAUUUGUUGCAUGGCGCACGCCCAGAACAACUGGAUAAGGAGAUUCGUGGGCGGCUGGACGGACAGAUAGUCCCUUCCACAAGGUGCGACCUCCCAAUAAUACCCAAUUUCUUUCUCCAGGUUAAGGGAUCCGGUGGUAGUGUGGAGGUUGUACUACUACAAGCGUUGUAUCAUGGUGCUCUAGGGGCAAGAGCUAUGCAUAGCCUUCAAUCAUACGGACAGCCUACACCGAUUUACGACAACAACGCAUAUGCUUUGACGUCAAUAUACCACUACGGUAUACUCAGGAUGUUCACGGUUCACCCUUUACCGCCAGCAGCAUCCGGUCAUCCACCCGGUUUCGUCAUGACACAUGUCAAUUCCUGGUGUAUGUUUGGGAAUUACGAGGCUUUCCUACAGGGAGCCACUGCGUACCGAAAUGCUCUUGAUUGGGCGAAACAACAACGAGACAACAUGAUAAAUCGUGCAAACACCAUUGUACCCUAG